GCAUGAUAAUUGAUAGUGGAGCCCACGUUCAUAUUUUGCGAAAUUUAUUGUAGAAAAUAUUGUUAGAAUAAAAAUAUUUUUCUUAAAAAUGGACAGCAGUUGGUUUCAAUCUAUCGGACGACCUAAAUUUGUCGUCGCUCCUAUGGUGGAUGCCAGCGAGUUGGCCUGGCGAUGUUUGUGUCGAAGACAUGGUGCUACAUUAUGUUAUACUCCAAUGCUGCACAGCAAUGUUUUUAUAAAAGAUCCGAAAUACAGAAAAGAGAAUUUCACAACAUGUGAAGAAGACCGCCCCUUAAUUGUACAGUUUUGCGGCAAUGAUCCUAAAGUUAUGGCUGCAGCUGCAAAGUUAGUGGAGAAACAUUGUGAUGCUAUUGACAUUAACCUUGGGUGUCCACAGCAAAUUGCUAAAAGAGGAAGAUAUGGUUCAUUCUUGCAAGAUGAAUGGGAUCUACUAAAGCAAAUAGUCACCACAAUGUCUAAUGCAGUAUCAAUUCCAAUAACUUGUAAAGUUAGAAUAUUUGAAAGUAUCGAUAAGUCAAUUCAGUAUGCUAAAAUGUUGCAAGAUGCAGGGUGUAAAUUGUUAACUGUGCACGGUAGAACAAGAGAACAGAAGGGACCACUCACAGGUAUUGCUAGUUGGAAACAUAUCAAAGCCAUUAGGGAAGCAGUAAGUGUUCCAAUGUUUGCAAAUGGAAAUAUUCAAUGCCUGGAGGAUGUGUACAGGUGUAUAGAUUACACUAAAGUAGAUGGUGUGAUGUCAGCAGAAGGGAAUCUUACAAAUCCAGCCAUUUUUGCUGGAGUCAAUCCUGUCUCAUGGGACAUUGCCUUAGAAUAUAUGGAUCUUGUGGACAAAUAUCCUUGUCCUAUGUCAUACAUAAGAGGCCACUUGUUUAAAAUAUUCCAUAAAGUUUUCACUAUUCCAAGUAAUAAUGAGGAGAGGGAAAUAUUGGCUACUGCUACAUGCAUAGACAAUUUUAGAGAGGUUUGCCAUAGAAUAAGGAACAAGUACUUGCCAUAUCAUGAAGGGACAUUACAGUUUCAAGAUACAGAAGAUAUAUUGAGGCAAGGGUAUAACCUAAUUCUACCUCCAUGGAUUUGUCAACCUUAUGUCAGAAUAUCCCCUGAAGAGCACAUUCAGAAGAUGGAUGUUUGUAGACAGAAGGAUGGCUGUGAUAAGAAAAGAGAACACGAGGACUCGGAAGGUAAUCCCAUAUCUAGAAAAAAAAUGAAAAAGCUGAGAAGAAUAAUGAGGAGACCUAUCAAACCAGAUGGAGAACACCAGGCUGGGAGGACGGGUGAACUGUGUCAUAAUAAUAGCUGCUGUAAUCCACUUGGAGGGAAGUGCGUUUAUCAACUGUGUAAGAAAUGCUGUCGAAAUAAAUGUUUCCAAGAGGAACUGGACUGCAUGGGGCACAGGAUACUCGUGCACACGCGACGUGAGAUGGCCAGGAAGCAUGCUUCAUAAACAUAAAACAACAAUGGUUUGUCAUUCUUCAUUGAAGCCAUGAUUUGUUCAGUACAAUUUAAUAUAUUUCAUGUAAAUAUGAA